GUUUCGAGGUAGGAAAGGUUCUAGAAGAUGGUGAAGUUCCUUGAGCAUCUACAUGAUAAACUUGGAGUUAGAGAAGAAGGGUCGAUUUUGUUCUCAGUUCCUUCAGAACUUGUGCGUCACCCCAGUGUGUCUUUGAUUCAACGUUAUCGUGUGCAGUAUCGUCGGACGAGACAAAUCAUUGGAAUUGGAUGUAAGGUCGGAAGAUUGUUUGAGCUCAAGAAGCUUUAUGUUCCUUCUACGUCAAAUCUCUGUGUUGUUUCUUCUGCAUCUACCCUUCACUUGUGGUAUCACCGUCUUGCCCACAGAUCCUUAAGAAAAUUGCGACCUCUUGUAUCUAAGGGUGUUUUAGGUCAAUUUAAUAAUGAGUCUUUUGAUUGCACUUCUUGUCAAAUUGCAAAACAACCAGCUUUAUCUUUUCAUGAUAAUUCAUUUCUUGCUUGCUCUUCUUUUGAUCUUAUCCACUCUGAUGUUUGGGGCCCUGCUUCCAUCACUUCUAUAGGAGAGGCCUGAUACUUUGUAUUAUUUAUUAAUGAUUAUUCAUGUUUUAUCUGUGCUUAUUUGAUGACUAAUCGUCAUGAGCUACCUUAAAUUCAUAUUAACUUUGCCACUAGGGGUGGUGAACGGGCCAAAACCCGCCUGACCGGUUCGAGUAACUCGCCAAAAAA